AUGCCUUCUUGUUCGAUCAUAAUCAAAGCAUGGAAGCAGCAGCUCACCGCAACUUCUUUCGCGCACCUUGCUCUCAUUCGACUCUGCUCCAUCGCGCAUCCGCAGCCUUCUCUCUUUCUGGAAGAUCUCUACGUCGCCCCUCAAGCGCGCAAUCGAGGAGCCGGCAAAGCUCUGUUUCGGGAAUUAGGAGCUAUAGCUGAAAGAGAGGGGUGUCCAAGGUUGGACUGGAACGUGUUGGAAUGGAACGAGCCGAGCAUCGCAUUCUACACAAAGGGUCAGUGUUCCGCCUCAUUUUGCGCCUUGCUGCACUCCGCGCUGCUGACAUGGGAUACGCGGACCUGUAUGCACUUUUGACUUUCUGGCAGUCCUUGGCGCGCACAAGAUGGACGAGUGGAGGACUUGCAGGCUGGAAGGAGAGGGAAUCACCAGGUUGAGAUCGCUCGGCCUGGACUCAUGA